CGGAAAACUGGGCACACAGGAAUUGAAGCUUUCAGCUAUCUUGUCAAUGCUUGCUUAGUCGGUAUUCGCUGUGUCGUUAUCACUGACUUGUCUCGCUUGAUCUGAAUUGCUCCCGUGUUUCUCUCCCUCCAAUAGCAGCUGAAAGCAGCCAUGUCGGAAACACAUAUCGCUCCGUGGAGGACGCCUGCCCAGGGUCAUUUGACUCCUGAUAGUCAUGGUGAUGCCAGAACGGACUACACCCGGUGGCGACUACGGGACGAUCGUGGUCGACAGACGUGGCACUAUCUCGAGUCUGAUGAGGAGUGCGAAAAGUGGCCGCAGACGGUGGCAGAUAAAUACUUUCUGGGUUUGCCUACGGGCCUACCCGAGCUUCCAACGCCCCAGACCCCACUUCAAUGUGCAGAGAACGGCUUGGAAUUUUUCUCCAAACUGCAGCUUGAGCCGGGCAACUGGGCCUGCGAGUAUGGUGGACCUAUGUUCCUGCUACCGGGGCUUAUGAUCACCUACUAUGUUACGCAUACUCCAAUCCCCCCGGAGUACGCGACCGAGAUUAAGAGAUAUCUCUUUGCCCGGCAGCAUCCGGAAGACGGUGGCUGGGGUCUUCACAUUGAGGCCCAUAGCUCGGUUUUUGGGACGUGCAUGAACUACGUUGCGCUGCGAUUGAUUGGUGUUAGUGAGGAUGAUCCCCGCAUGGUCAAGGCCCGCGGCCUACUUCAUAAGUUCGGGGGUGCGCUCUAUGGCCCUCAUUGGGCGAAGUUCUUUCUCAGCGUGCUGGGCGUCAUGGAAUGGGAUUGCGUGAAUCCCGUUCCGCCAGAAAUCUGGUUACUUCCGGACUGGGUGCCAUUUGCCCCUUGGCGGUGGUGGAUUCACAUUCGACAGGUCUUCCUGCCCAUGUCUUAUCUGUGGUCGAGGAAAUUCGCCCAUCCACUAGACCCCCUCACCAAACAGCUCAGGCAAGAACUCUACACGGAACCGUAUGAUUCGAUCGACUUUGCUGGCCACCGCAACUCGAUACACGCCGCAGACAAUUACUACCCAAAGACAUGGCUUCUAAACACGUUGAACUCGGUUCUUGUCAAUUUCUGGAGCCCCUACUUCCGUGUCUCUUCGGUGACCCGUCGUGCGGAAGAGUGGACUUGGGAGCUGAUUCGGAUGGAAGAUGAGAAUACGGACUACGCUGGAUUGGGCCCGGUAAGCAAUCCUAUGAACAUGAUUGCGUGUUACGAGCAUGACGGCCCCGAUAGCUACUCUGUUCGCCGGCAUCGUGAGCGCUUGAAUGAUUACAUGUGGAUGAAGGAUGAGGGCAUGUUGAUGAACGGCACCAAUGGUGUCCAGGUCUGGGACACCACAUUCAUUAUCCAGGCUGUUGUUGUGGCUGGCUUUGCAGCAGACCCGAAGUGGAGACCUAUGUUGACCAAAGCACUGGAGUUUGUGGAAGACCAUCAAAUGCGCGAGAACGUGCCCGACCAGGAGAAAUGUUAUCGCCAGCAUCGGAAGGGUGCGUGGCCAUUCAGUACUAAGACGCAGGGAUACACAGUCAGCGAUUGCACUGCCGAGGGUCUACGAGCUACGAUUCAGCUACAGGAGAUGCACGACUUUCCAAAAUUAAUCUCGACGGAGCGAUUGAAAGACAGUGUCGAUUGUUUGCUGCUGAUGCAAAACCCAUCCGGAGGGUUUACCGAAUAUGAGACCACGCGUGGAUCGACCAAGCUGGAGUGGCUCAAUGCCGCGGAAGUAUUCGGAGGCAUCAUGAUCGGCUACGAUUAUCCCGAGUGCACAACGGCCUCUGUGACUGCACUUUCACUCUUCAGCAAGUAUUUCCCUGACUACCGCGCCGAUGAGAUUCGAGCCGCCAAGGAGCGAGCCGUGAAGUAUAUCAAGCGGGUGCAACGGGCUGAUGGUAGUUGGUACGGAUCGUGGGGAAUCUGUUUCACUUAUGCGGCUAUGUUCGCCUUGGAAAGUCUGGCAAGCAUCGGCGAGACAUAUGAGACCAGCGAAGAUUCCCGCCGCGGCUGCGAGUUCUUGUUGUCGAAACAAAAGGAAGACGGUGGCUGGGGCGAGUCAUAUCUCAGCAGCGAAAAGCAUGUGUACGUGCAACACGAGACGUCACAGGUGGUGCAGACAGCGUGGGCCUGUCUAGCCUUGAUGGAAGCGGGCUAUCCUCACAAGGAACCUUUGAAACGGGCGAUGAAGCUUCUGAUGUCACGACAACAGGCAAACGGCGAAUGGCUGCAGGAAUCUAUCGAAGGAGUAUUUAAUCAGUCGUGUAUGAUCUCCUAUCCGAAUUACAAGCUCUACUGGCCGAUUCGGGCUUUAGGAUUGUAUGCACGCAAAUUCGGCAAUGAACCCUUGUGAAGUGUAGCGACUGGGUCAUAGUUAUCUGUACAAUAGAAUAAACUUGAAUAAUAGGGCAAUGCUAACAGAGUCCUCAUGGUCAAUCAGAUUGUUAGUUGAUCCUUGGCUUCAUUUCUGAGGAUCGAUUUCGAGGAGAGAAAGUAUGGAUCACGUGGCUGUGCUAUUGUUUGCUUUCCCGCAGUCGAUUUCUCCAACUUUCGAACUACUUCUUUCUUCUGCUU